AUGGAACACGGAUUUAUUAACCCAAGUGCUUCCGUCGAACGAGACCACGACCUCAUGAAGACAAAUACCAUAUGGCAUAGUCAAACGCAGUUGCUGCAUUCAAUCUCCGCGGAAGAAUCGAUGGCGGGAGACAAAGAUGUGAUAGAUGGGAUAGUAUCAAAGGAUUAA